UGUAUAAAUCUGAUAAGCCAUAAUUCGUGAUUUGUAAAUAGUGCGUACACUUGCAUUGCUUGGCGUUGUAGCAUUUUCAGCUGUGCCUGUUGUCUACUACAAAUAGAGUGAGAAGAAGAAGAUACUUGCAUUGCUAAAACGUUUGGUGGCAAUUAAUAUGGCAAAAACAACGAAUGUUUAUGAAAAUCCGGUUGAACGGUUGCAACAGCUGAACUACUAUGACCAACAGCGAAACAUAAAGCCUGGCACAUGCAACAAGUUUCUACACGCCAUCAUUGAUCCUGAAUUUCUCCAGGAAAGCCACGGUACCAAUGUGUUAUCCAAACUGAACGAGUUGAACCUCAAGUAUGACAUUAAGCAACAAUUAGUGCCCUGUACAAUCACCUAUUAUCGCACCAAUCAGCAAAUUCUCACACAACAAGGAACCAUGACCGAUAAAACUAUUGAUCAAAAGUUUAUGAUUCACCUUUUGCAAGGCGAAGAUGCGGUAAGGCAGAUCAAAGAAAGGACUUUACUUUCGUACAUCGAAAAACUUCAGGAGCUCUAUCCGGGCAAAACCGUGUGCUUGCUAGUUUUCGGAUUAGUCAGUUACUGUCGGAACAACCGCGGUUGUAUAGGCCGCCGAGAAACGGAAAUGGCAUUAACGGAAUUACAAAUGUUUACUGGUUCGUCUCAUCAGCUAUUAGAAACGGCUGAAGAAGUAGGCGACUUUGUGGCUCAACUGGGCAAAAGUUUAGCGGAGCUUCCCUUUAAACAGCAGCAGAACGAAAAGUUUUGCCAGGAGCAAUUGUACCUGGGUAACGAGAAAAAAGGCUGCGUGAGAGUCGAGGGGAAAGCGGGUUUGCAUCAGCUGUAUCAGAACCAGUUAAUCAAAAUACCAUCGGUUACGUUGGAAAUAGCUGAAGCAAUCAUAAAUGUGUAUCCAAGUUUGCGACAACUGAUAGAUGCGUUCUUGUUUGCUACCGAUGGCCCUAAUCUGCUGGCAGACAUCCCGAUUCGCCGAGCGGGAGGACCGAUCACUUCCUCCAUUCGGCGCAUUGGACCCGAACUCAGUAAGAAAAUAUAUUUACUUUACAGUAGUAUAGACCCGAAGGUUGGAAUUUGAUAUUAUUGAGAGAAUAUAACCAAGUUUUUUCCGUAUAAAUGUACAAUAGAUAUUUGAAUUAA